AUGGAUCCGAUUGCAUCAGCAAUACUUAUCCAAGAAUUCAACACAAUGACCGAAACAGAAAAUGCUAAUACUUGUAUUCAGUACGAGCGAGGUGACAACGAACAGGAGCCUGUUCGAAAGAAUCAUCCGGAUAAUCAGAAUCUCCCUAGACUAAACAACGAAAAUCAAUUGUCAGAUUUGAGUGAGAAGCUCCUUAGUCUAUACAAGCAAGGGCAAUUGCAAUUGAGCGAAUUAUUGUUUCCUUUAUUCGUUAGUCCGCACAUUACGCAUGAGCAGUUCUCCCUUUUGCGUGAGUUAUGGUUUUCGUUCAACCGUAUUCCCUAUAGCUUUCUAUUUACCGGGGAGGAAUUUUUCCAUAAAUUGGAAGCACUUAGUCGUGCUCAAACCGAAGAAGGAUGGUUGUAUGUGCGAGGGAUAGUCAAUGAGGCGUCUCUUAUAAUCAAUGCCCAAAGCCCCAGAUAUUCAGACGGCGUCCCCGCUAGUAAUCAUUCAAAUCUACCGUCACCAGCCGUGACACCUGGUCCUGAAUACUCUUCUCCUGACAGCCAUCAGAAUACCAUUAAACUUCCCUCGCAGGCCAAGAAAUUGUCACAUCAACCUCGAGCCACUUGCUCCGGCGCCACGGCUCGUAAAUGCACUCGCCAACAGCCGUAUAAUGGAGGGGGAUUUAUAGUAAUUCGCCCCACGACUGCCCCGCGCGAACUUAAGCAGUACAUGAAUGUGUGGAGUGUACAGGAUUUGCCGGAUACCAGCGAUCCUGAUAUAUUUAGAACAACGGGUAGCCAGAACGAUUUCCCAUAUCAUGUUUAUGCUCCGCCACAAACACCGCAAGCACCGAUCAUUCCUUCACAAUCCAUUUGUCCGUUGUACGAUUGUGAGCAAAAUGAUGGAGGGUUACAUUAA